AUGCGACCGAAGGAGAACGCGGCCGUUGUUGACCCGGUCGGUCGGAAAAUACCGCUCGUCGCCAGUAACAGCAGCUCGAGUAUCAGCGUGCAGAGAAGUGACGGGAGAGUGGGAGGACAAUACGCAACCAGCAACAACAAUAACAACAACAAUGAAGCGAAUGCCAAAGAAGACGAACACACAAUAACGUCCCAUAAGAGUAGGGCACAAACUAGAACAACCGCCCGUGAACAGCAUGAAAGUAGCACAGAUGAGGACAUGGACGAGUACGAUUACGUGAAAGAAGCAACACAAACGAUCAGCAAAAUCCACAAUCACCAUCAACAACAAUUUGAGACCCCCAAAUUGACGACCAUCUGUCGUUUUGGAAAGCCAAAUAAAUCGGCCUUUAAGAAAAACAAAUUAGCAACCGCUUCCGUAACCUUCAGAACUCGUGCCGACUUUCGGUUUGCUCUAUGCGGGAUCGUCGCUUGUUAUCUAUCGCCAGCUUCCAUCCAACCAACUAUCACCACCGGCAGGGAAGCUCCCUAUCCCAUAUCGUCAGAGACAGAUGCCAACUGUUGCAAAACCUGUCCUAACAGCGAAGCGAGCGAUCCGGCCACGGGAUUGUCUGGAAAGCUAAUGUUGCACAACUGGAACUAUGAUGUUGGCUGCGGUCUGGAAACCUGGUUCAAAAUGAUUCCCUUCUAAUCAACGGAGAACAGGUUGGUUCGUGCUCCGGUUCAUGAUGUGCUGACAGUGGUCUUCCGUUUGCCGUGAGGCUGCAGGUUUCUUUUCUUUUUCUCUUCC